CGGGCGGGCGGUGGCGGAGGUGUGAGGCGGAGGCAGCGGCAGCGGCUCCGGGGUGUCGGAGCAGCCGGGCACCGCCCGGCGCGGCGCUCGCUCCCUCCCUCCCGCCAUCCCACCGGCGGGGCUGAGCCCGCGGCCCCGCCGCAGAGGAGCGCGGGCUCGGCGGCGGCAGCCCCUCCCGCCGCCCGCUGGCGGUGACCGACCCGCCGCGCCCCAGGACGAUGCACGCCCGCUCGCUGCAGAAGAAGGCGUGACGGCGAGGAGCGGACCCACCGCCGCGGGAAGGAGGAGCGGCGUCCCGUAUCUCUGCAGCCGGGGGUGGGCGGGCGGGCGGAUCGGGGGAGCGAGGCGCCCCGGUGCCCGUGAGGGACGCGCGGCCGCAGCCCGCCGCUAGCCCCUUCAUGCUGGGAGCCCGAUGCCAGCGCUGGUGCCGCGGCUCGCUCUGCCUCGGGAAAAUGCAUCGGUGCUCGCCACGCUGCCGGCGGGGGUGCUAGGGGGAGCGGCGGCGUGGAACCCGGCGCGCACCGCCUGCCCCAUCCCGCUCCGCCUCUGAGGCGCACGGAGCCCUCGGCGGCCGCUCACGUCCCGGCGAGAAGCGCCGCAGCCGCCGCCAGCCCCUCGCGGAGAAGGCGAGCGCCUCCCCGUCCGCCCGCAGGAGGGGACCUCUCUGCCCCCGGAGCCGCUGCCUGAGGGCGCCUGGCGGGGCCGGCGGCCAUGGGAGCCCGGCCCGCGGGGGGCGCUCCCUAAGGCGCGGGUGGCCCUGCUCGGCCCGGCAGCUGCGAGCCGGCGGCGCGGCCCCCCGGGCUUGCGCAGCGCGGCGAGCCCAGCGCAGCGGCCCGCCGCCACGGGGCUGCGGAGCUGCCGGCGCGGCGAGGAGCGGCCCGGGGACGCGGCCCGUGCGGCACCGCCGGUGCCCGGCGCUGCCGGCCGCCAUGGGGGAACAACCCAUCUUCAGCACCCGAGCUCACGUCUUCCAGAUUGACCCAAACACUAAGAAAAACUGGGUUCCCACCAGCAAGCAUGCUGUUACUGUGUCCUACUUCUAUGACAGCACAAGAAAUGUCUACAGGAUAAUCAGUUUGGAUGGCUCGAAGGCAAUAAUAAAUAGCACUAUCACCCCCAAUAUGACGUUUACUAAAACAUCCCAGAAGUUUGGCCAGUGGGCAGACAGCAGGGCGAACACAGUCUAUGGCUUGGGAUUUUCAUCUGAACAUCACCUUUCAAAAUUUGCUGAAAAAUUUCAGGAAUUCAAAGAAGCUGCUCGACUAGCAAAGGAAAAAUCCCAAGAAAAGAUGGAGCUAACAAGUACACCCUCUCAAGAAUCAGCUGGAGGGGAUAUUCAGUCUCCUUUAACGCCGGAAAGUAUUAACGGGACAGAUGACGAGAGAGCAACGCCGGAAGUGACACAGAACUCAGAACCAAGGGCUGAACCAACCCAGAACGCAUUGCCAUUUACCCAUAGUUCGACAAUCAGCAAGCAUUGGGAGGCAGAACUGGCCACUCUCAAGGGUAAUAACGCUAAGCUAACAGCAGCCCUGCUGGAGUCCACUGCCAAUGUAAAACAAUGGAAACAACAACUUGCUGCAUAUCAGGAGGAAGCAGAACGUCUUCAUAAGCGGGUGACUGAGCUAGAGUGUGUGAGCAGUCAAGCUAAUGCAGUCCACACACAUAAAACAGAAUUAAACCAGACAAUACAGGAGUUAGAGUCUACGCUGAAGAAAAAAGAAGAGGAAAUAGAAGGAUUGAAACAAGAAAUCGAGAAUGCCAGAGAGCUCCAGGCACAGAGGGAUUCUCUGACCCAGAAGUUACAGGAAGUAGAAAUUCGAAACAAAGACCUGGAAGGCCAGCUGUCUGAUCUAGAGCAACGUCUGGAGAAAAGUCAGAAUGAGCAAGAAGCUUUUCGCAAUAACUUGAAGACACUUUUAGAAAUUCUUGAUGGAAAAAUAUUUGAACUAACAGAGUUACGAGAUAACUUGGCCAAGCUAAUAGAAUGCAGCUAAAGAAAACGGGAUUUCAGUGCCAAUCAGCUUAAAGAUGCACUGUCUCUCUUCAUAGGACUGUGUUGGGCUCUGCAUCAAAGUUGCACAAAAUUAGAAAAUGCUCCUCUGAGAGGGCUUGUUUUAAAUUUGAGUCGUAUUUCAAUGUAAAAUUUAGAACUCAGCUUGUAGCUAGUUGAAGAAAAAAACAAAAAACAAAAAAACUUGAAUUACAAAUUACCUCCUUGUACAUUAUUGGCCAUAGAUAACUUGAAAGAUAUUAAAAGUAAUUGAAUGCAACCCUUUUCUAAUUAUCAGUGAUGGAAGAAUUAGCAGUGUCCCAGGUCACAUCCCCUUUUUGUGAUAGACAUAAUAUAGGUUAUCUGCUGGUUUAUUUAUUUAAGAUAUUUAAUUGCUGUGGUUUGUGCAAGAACUUAGUGAUGGCAGCCCUGUAUUUUGUUGUUCUUAAUAAUUUCUCAGGAUACUUUGCACUGUGGAGAAGCAGUGCCAUUACCAAUUUAUUCUUGCCAGGAGUGAGAGAGAGUUGCAUCUUUAAUUGAAACAAAGUUACUAUAACUGCUUGUAUAAAGUUCUUCAUUUUGGGUUUUUUUGGUUGGUUGGUUGGUUGUUUUUUGGUUUUAUAUAUAUAUAUAUACACACUGGAAGAUACCGUAUUUCUUUAUGGAGCUUACUCUGGUGUUCUACAGUAUUGUCUAAUGUAAGGUUUACUUUUUCAUAUGAAUUCCAUGUAAUUACAGUGAAAUACUAUCUUCCACUUAACUGUGUUUUGAAGCCAACCAAUGACGGAAGGUGAGUCCCCUAGGAAAAAAACAAAAACCCAAAAAAAUGCAAAAAAAACCCUGAGAAUUUUAAAUGUAAAAUUUGACAUGCACAGGUAACAAGGAAUAGUCAGUUGUUUGUUUUCUGGCCUUGAUACAUAAAUCGAAUAUGUAUGUCCAAUUAACAUGUUAACCUGUUCUGCAGGAGACUUUUUCAGAAUGUCACAUGAAUUUCAGGUUUUGUGAAUAAUGGCUUAUGGGGAGCACUGUUUUAUUACAGAUUAUUACAGAUUGCAUUAAGGGCAUAGAGCUGUUGCAAGGGAAUACUUGUACACUGAACCUGUCCAACCAAGAAAGCUGUUUCUAGAAGUUUUGUUGUCAUAGCAAAUUGAAAUGGAGACUUGUUUACUCUUUUAUGGGUCUUCAUAUCACAUCUUUAUUGAAACUACACCAGGCAAUAUUCUGAACUGUUAACUAAAUGUUGAACAACAGGAAAUUGAAUUCAAUUAUCCUCAGUCAGCAGGUUUUAAAGUUGUUUUGAUGUAAUUUUAACAGACUUUUGGCAAACACACAUUUCUUUAUAUAAUAGAUUUAUUUAAAAAAAAAAUAACUCUUUGAAAGGUAAGCCAAGUGUCAUGUGUCUUGCAUCAAAGUACAUUCUUGCCAUAAAUUGCUUGUAAUGUUGAAGAGGGCUUUUUUAAAAUGUAUGAAUGAGUGUCGGACUUCAGAGUCAAAAGAUGCACGGACCUUUGUUUGCUCCCCAAAUUAAUUUGAAUGUUAAACAUGAAAUCUAGCUGCUUAUUAAAUUUGUACAACACAAUUUUCUCCACUUAGAGACUGCUAUUCAAAACUAGAAAAGAUAAGUUUGUUUUCAUGUGUGUACUGUGUGUAUAUACCAUAUAAUACACACAUUUUAUCAUUUAUAUUAGAAAUACAUGCUUUAUUUCUAAA